AUGAACCCGACUGGGCUUGAGCUGGCCAUGGAGAACAUGAAGCCGAAGGUAUAAUAAUAUUUAAGGUGUUUCUCCAUAAUGUUUUAAAACGUCAUCCGUUGCAAAAAAAAUCAGAUCGUCCCAUCUGAGUCCUAUGUUCAUUGCAACUCCACGUCCUCAACGCUGAGGCUAUCACCUAAAAAUACCCGCAUUUAUGUCAUAUUCCAGUUGUUCCGUCCGGAAACCCGACAUCUGUGCAAACACGACCUAAAACAUAAAAAAGUUCUGUCGCAGAUUGUAGCUCCCAUUUAACGUCCUGCUUAACCCCCUCAAGCGGGCUUCAUUUUUUCAUUUGACACACAACCGCAUGGCCAGAUGAUGUUCAAGUUUCCAAUUUGGCUUCUGAUUUCCCAAAACCUGCUGCUCUCCGCGAACGCGAGGUUUGUGCUGUACCGCGGGAAUGGAAGCGUGUUCAACUCGCGCCACACGACGCCCAUCAUGUAUUUGCCGCAAGAGGAUGGGUUCGUGGAAGUGAAGCGACUCAACGUCAACUUUGGCCGACCGUUAAUGGAGCUGCUUGCAGGUGGGGAGUUUAUGAAACUUGGCACAAUGUGGUGUUGGAUCAAAGUAGACGGGGCGCUUGGACCACCGCUCUUCAGAGAAUAG